CAUCUUUUUGCGACUACACUUUCACAUCUUCAGGAAGUGAGUUUAACGGGUAAAGAAAAACUGGGGGCAUCUUUUGAUUUGCUACGAUGUCGGGAACCUUUUACUUUGUUAUGGUCGGUCAUCAUGACAAUCCUGUGUUUGAGAUGGAGUUUUUACCAACCGGGAAGCCUGAAUCAAAGGAUGACCAUCGUCACCUCAACCAGUUCAUCGCACACGCUGCCCUAGACUUGGUGGACGAGAACAUGUGGCUGUCCAACAGCAUGUACCUGAAAACUGUGGACAAGUUCAACGAGUGGUUUGUCUCAGCCUUCGUCACAGCAGGACAAAUAAGAUUCAUCAUGCUGCACGAUGUUAGACAAGAAGAUGGAAUCAAGAACUUUUUUAACGAUGUGUAUGAUUUGUACAUUAAGUUUGCAAUGAAUCCUUUCUAUGAAAUCAACGCCCCGAUACGCUCGACAGCAUUUGAGCGGAAAGUCCAGUUUCUUGGAAAGAAACAUCUUCUAAGUUAAUCAUGCCAUCUGAAUGUAUUCUCAUUGUAUAUAUAAAAAUCAGAAAUGCUUGUCUGUUCUUUUUCUGUAGCAUUAAAUAAAAAUUAUGGCUAAAAGAAA